AUGUCGCCCCCUCUGCCCCCCACGCCGCUGUUCGCAGCAGAGCGGUGGGCAGUGCUGCUGUCCUGCUGUCUGUCCUGCCUGGGCUCGGCUCUGCUGCUCUGCACCCACGCUCAGUGGCCGGAGCUGCGGACUCGGCCUCGGCAGCUGCUGCUCUACCUGUCCCUGGCCGACCUGCUCUCGGCUCUCUCCUACUUCUACGGGGUGCUGCGGGACUUCGAGCGCUCCUCGUGGGACUGCGUGCUGCAGGGAGCCCUGUCCACCUUCGCCAACACCAGCUCCUUCUUCUGGACCAUGGCCAUCGCCCUCUACCUGUACCUGACCAUCGUCAGGGGCUCGCCCACGGGCUCGGGCUUGCUCUGGGGCUUCCACGCCGUGAGCUGGGGUGUCCCCCUGGCCAUCACGGUGGCCGCCGUGGCUCUGAAGAAGAUUGGCUACGACGCCUCCAAUGUUUCUGUGGGCUGGUGCUGGGUCAACCUGGAUGCUGAGGAUCGGCUCCUGUGGAUGCUCCUGACAGGGAAGGUCUGGGAGAUCCUGGCCUAUGUGACCCUGCCAGUGCUCUACGUCCUCAUCAAGAAGCACAUUAACAGAGCACACGCUGCUCUCUCCGAGUAUCGUCCCAUCCUGCCGGGAGCUCCUGCCCUGCAGCCCCGGGCCAGCGUUGCAGACAAAAAACUCAUCCUCAUCCCCAUCAUCUUCAUCUUCCUCCGCAUCUGGAGCACGGUGCGCUUCAUCCUGACCCUGUGCAACUCCCCUGCCGUGCAGAACUCUGUCCUGGUUGUCCUGCACGGAAUUGGGAACACGUUCCAAGGAGGAGCCAACUGCAUCAUGUUUGUGCUGUGCACACGGGUGGUCCGGGCCAGGCUGCUGUCCCUGCUCUGCUGUGGCCACUGUGCCGAGCUGGCCUGGCCCGUGCAGGGCUCCCAGAGCUCCUGGCAGCACCCACAGCCCCACAAGGACAAGGACAAGGACAAGGACAAGGACAAGGACAAGGACAAGGAUGUGCCCGGCCCUGAGCAGACCAAGCUGCUGCUCUCCAGCACCUGAGCUGCCCCUGGCUGCUGCUGAUUCCUUCUCUCAUGGUGUGGGAUGGUGCCACAGCCCCACAGAGGGAGCUGCAGCCCGGGGAAAGCGGCGCUGGAGAGGCUGAGCCCUGGAGAGGUCCCGUUCUCACUCCCACACUGCAGCCUCUGCUCCUCAGCUGUGUCAGGAUGCUCUGGAACAGUCUGUGCUCGCUUUGUGUUCAGCUCUGCUCCAGUUUAUCUCCCCUCCUUCCUCUCACCCUCCCCUCCAAAUCUUAAAACUUGUCUGGGGUCUCUCAUAGAAAAGAGGCCAAUGCCUGGUGAGUUCUGAGCUGAACAAAGGCUGUGGGGACAGGAAAGCUGCAGGAGCUGCUGGAAGGACUGUCCUGGGCAGGGGCUUCAGUCGUGGUGUGUGAGCCUUCCCCAGAGCUCCAGCCUGGCUCCCGUUCUUCCCUUGAACAAGGACAGCAGUGUUUAUUUUGUGGUGCUGAUGGAUGGUGCUCUGGAGGGUUUAUCCCUCCUCCUUGGUGUUUAGGGUCAGGUUUAGGUUUGUGGUGGCAGCAUGGGGGUUCUCCUGGGGGAACCAGAGCCCUGCAGGCUCCCUCAGUGCUCAGGGAUUUUGGGAUGUACCCCCAGCUCCAGCAGGGACAGCCCCUGCCAGCAGCAGGACAGUGCCUGGCUCUGAGCUCCUGUGCUUUGUCUGUGCCUUGGGCCUGAUGGA